GUUAAUACCAUGGCCAGCAUCAGUCCCUGUGGUGUCACUUAAGCCAGUACAUGGUGGCCUGCAGCUCAAAUGAUAUGGCUGAGGGGGCCACAGAUUAACUCCUAUGAUGCAAUCAGAAGCUCAAAAGAAGUCUCGAGAGCAUAAAAAACACAACGUGAAGUCACAGGAGAAAUUUGCCAAGAAUUUUCCAUACAGGUUCUCUUGGUUGACAGAGCCCAAGACUGAGUCCCUACAACCCUGGAAAGUGAAGAACAAAUCACUCAAGGAUCAGCUACCCCUUCAGAAGAAGUUAGUACCAACAAGGUCCAUUCCAAUCCCAGGGCUCGGGACUCCAGAUUUUACAUCACCAACCUGCUCCCACCUACCACCCUUGCUGCCCACAAGAUGCAACCCUUGGGAAUUGAAGUUACUAAGCCACCGCUUCCCCAGACAAUUUGCCCGUGAACCAUUCCUCCCCACACUGAUGUUGACCACUUCUAGACCAAUGAGGUAAGGGGGCUAUCUAGAGCCCUGUCCUGGAACCUCACUCUGUGUGGCCUCUGUGACUCAUCUUCUCAGCAUGCUCUUGGCAGUGGCUACAAUGACUUAGUGAAGGGAACAGUCAUUGUGACCAUGGAAAAACAGAAGCUCGCCAUCUCCCCA